GCCGCUCUGGAAUCCUUGAGUAACAAAGAAUUGCGUCAAAAAAUGAUCGAAUUCGGUAUGCCCAAUGUACCGGUGACCGAUUCGAGUCGUAAAAUUCUUAUACGCCGCUUGGAGGCUGUAAUGUCGGGUAAACCCGCCACCACCACAACUCCCAAUAAGACAAAUCGUCGCGAAACAAUGCAUGUCUCAAAGCCAUCAGAAAUGGCGUCAUCUGCUAAAAUUACAGCCGCUGCUGCAUUGAAUAAUAACAACAACACAACCACCAGUGGAAAACCAACGGCUGCCAACAGACCAUCUAGACGUACCAUAGCAGCCACGGAAAGGCAUGUAACCACAACCACCACGGUUAGUGAACCAGAAUAUUCAGAUGUUUCACCUGAUCGCGGUGAGGUGGUUCUGACACAAAUGUUGCCGCCAAAAGCCAAGACUCCCGAGAAACCUACUUUGUAUCCAAAAUUACCGGCCAAAGAGCCAUCUCCCAAACCGCAGGUGUUGAGUAAAACUGGUGUGGUAUCUACAUCGUAUAUACAGGAGUCAAGUGUUAAUAAAACAUAUGCCGAACCCAUUGAUGAUAUCGAUUCGACCGAGGAAGAAAUUGAGGAGGAAAUAAUGAAGAAGAAACCCGUAUCAAGUGUACCAUCUUACAGUGCCACCAGCUAUGUGCCUCUCUCCGAAUCCAAGGUGACAACAUCGGCAUCAAUGCCACCCUUGGCUUCAACAUUGAGUUCAAGUACACGUUACAGUUCUUUGAAUAGUUCAUAUAACUAUAGCGGCAACACCAAGCCAAGUUCCACAACCUUGUUGAACAAUUCCACCAGUACCAGUGUACGUAAAACCUAUGAACCACCAGUAGCAUCAGCAGUACCUGCACCAGCAUCAAGAACUACAAUUUCCGCUGCAUCAACCUAUCAACCAAGAGUAGGAGGAGGGGGAGCUGCACAAAACACCAUCUCCGCACGUCGUUCUUAUGUCAAUGCACCGGAUCAGGAAGAAUCACCAUUCCGCCAAUUUAUGAUGGCCAUGGAAGAGAAAUAUCAUCUCAAGCAGACAUUUAUUAUAAUUUCCGUCUUUAUUGUAGCCAUAUUUAUUUAUGUUUUCUUUAUACAAAGUGUUUAG